AAGGAAAACCGGCAAAGGAAUUUGUGAGAGGAACUGAAAGCAGAGGAGGCCGGUUUAGAGAGGAGGAGCACCGCAGAGACAGGAAGGUUACACAUGCAGAGGAAUUAAACAAACUCAGACAGAGCCAGGAGGGGAAAGCACCAGAAAGGCAGGGAGAAAACAGCAAUCAGAGAGAACAGAAAACGGAGACAAGAAGCAGCCAAGGACAGAGUACUAACAGCAGUUAAGAAGUCGAGUCAAGAUUAAUUGAGGAAGAGAAACCAAAAGCAGAGACGAGCCUCAGAGGAGCGGAAAAAAGUAAGAAAAACAGUAGAGAUUCAUUGACAAAGAGGUGGACUCAACUCCACGGACUCCUGACAUCAGCAAAACAAAGGGGAGAAGGAGAGUGGCUGUAAAGAGGUCACUGUGGUCCAUGUGCUGCGUGCCUGAGCAAGUCUACUAUGCAAGCGAGACAACACAGAUAAACAAACCAAAGCACAGUGUCUCUGUUCACCUCCAAAAGACAGUGUUCCCUGCAGCAGCACCAUGUUGAUGAAAGAGUAUCGCAUAUGCAUGCCACUGACGGUGGAGGAGUACAAGAUUGGGCAGCUCUACAUGAUCAGUAAGCACAACUGUGAGCAGAGCGGUGGGGGCGAGGGAGUGGAGGUGGUGAGGAAUGAGCCGGAUAUUCACCCUCAGCAUGGUCCUGGACAGCUGACCGAGAAGAGAAUCUACCUCACCAGUAAACUGCCAUCCUGGGCUAAAGCUUUUGUGCCACGAGUUUUCUAUGUGACAGAAAAGGCGUGGAACUUCUACCCCUACACCAUCACAGAGUACUCAGUAUCAUUAGUCCCCAAGUUCAGAAUCCGCAUCGAGACAAGGUUCGAAAACAACAACGGCAGUAACAACAAUGUGUUUGGGGACAAGCCAACCCCGGAGGGGGACGUUUGCUUCCUGGACAUCCUAACUGACCCCAUCCCAGACAAGCACUACAAAGAAUCAGAGGAUCUGAGUCUCUGGCGGUCAAAUAAAACCAACCGAGGGCCUCUGGAGAAAGGCUGGAGGGACAACCACAGCCCCAUUAUGUGCUCCUAUAAGAGAGUGCAGUGCAGUUUUGAGGUCUACGGCUUCCAGACCAGAACGGAGGAUUUCUUACAUGGAAUUAUUAAGGACAUUCUUCUGGUCGGCCACAGGGAGGCAGUUGCGUGGGUUGACGAGUGGCACGGGCUCAGCUUGGAGGAGGUGAGGGAGUACGAGAAAACAAUGCAAGAGAAGACCAACAGCAAAGUCAAAUCUAACCAGAACAACUCAGGCCCACAGGAUUCCUGUGAUCGUCCUGCGAUCUCCCGCUCCAUCUCCGUGACAGACGAGCGUUCCCUGAAGAAGAUGGGAGUGCAGACGGUGGACAUGUCUGGCAAGUCAGCCUCCUCUGAGCUGCACUUUCCCAUGCGCCUCAACUCCACCCCAGAGUGAUGCCUCGUUGCCCGAUGGCAACACAGAAAACAAAGUAUAACUUUGUGUGAUGGGUUAUGUGAUGUUAUUUGUUAAAACGGAACAAGAGCCACAGAAUGUUUUAAAAAAUAUAUUUGGGGUGCAGUUGCAUAUGUAUGGAAAGCUAAAAGUGCUAAAGUUCAAUAAAUAAAUCAUUUUGAAAAUAUUUUUAUGUUAUGUUCACAUUAUUAAUAAAUCAUUUGAAUUCACAUUUAUGUUUUCAAUAGCAGCUUAAAAAGGAUAUUAUCCAGUUGGGAUACUACUUGGGAUUCAUUCAAUGUAUUUCUUCAGUGGUUUUAAGUCAUUUCAAAUUUAUUCUAUGCCAUUUCUCGCAAUGUGUCCAACCAUAAAACAUGUAUGUGUGGCUCACUGGUUGCUCUUAGAAGAGGGUGCAUGGUUGGUUGAGGACUGGUGACCCACUGACCCCUGGUAGAGGCACCAGACCCUCUGUGACUAAUCAAAAUGGAUGGCCGUAUUGGACUCUGGCAUUUUUGAAUCUCUUUAGAUUAUAUAUCGGUGCAGUUUUAAUGUCUUCAAAAUUCAAUUUAAAAAUUGCUUGAAAGUAAACUUGAUAGCAAUAAAGUUCUCUUUAUCCACACACAAAAAAUUUAAUUAAUGAAUCUUAUCAAGUUGGCUUCUUGGUGCCUGUUGUGAUUAAGACUAGCUACUUCCUCAGGUCAAAUAGUUUUUCAAGAAUCAAACUCAGUGUUGGUACAACUGUUACAUUAGGACAGAUCUAAUUCUUUUUUUUGAACCAAAACUAAGCUGCUGCAGGCUGCAGUCCCUGUUUGCUAUACAGAUAAAAAUAGUAUUGAUCUUCUCAUGUAAUUGCUUUCCAGAGAGCCCAAAUAGUCGAAUCAUUUCUUUAAUACCAUCACAUUAUUGUAUAGCAACAUUUCUUACUUUCAACUUGAGAGCACAUCUUGUGCAUGGUAAAGUAUAUUUUGCACAAUGAUUUAAACACAAAAAUAGUCGUUUUUCUACACCAAAAAAAAUAAAAAUCUCCAAGUGUCUUUAUCACUCCAAACAUGCAUAUCCACACUUUCCAUCAGUUCCUUAGCCUUAGAGGAGCACGCACACCACCUGAAGGGAUCUACAAUUGUUUCCAGAAAGCAAUCUACAGACAAAUGCAUAAAGAGUUUAAUAGUGUAGAUCUAAUGAGAGCACAGUCGAGAAGGGAGGAGACGCUCAAUGCAAUGGAUCAGCUUCUCUUCUCCCUUUCAGCCAAUAAGGUCACACCAGGUGUAUUGACAGAGGGCAGUGAAAUGUGGUGUUGCCCCCCCUUAUUGCUUUGGUGGGUGCUGCAAAUGGGUCAAGCCACGGCUAAGCUACAAUUAUGGGUCAACGAUGUAAACAUUUAUGAUACAAUAAACAAGAUUUUUGCUUUAGAUGGGUUACUAGGUUAGUAGAAUAAGCAACAGUACGAUACAAAAUGUAUGCCUGUAUAGAAUAAAUGUCUAGUAUGUUUUGAGGUUGAUGUACUUUGUUUGAAAUAGGUGGAAAUGUGCUAAUAAACAGCAGCAUAUAAUCAGUUAUGUGGUAUUUGGAUCAAUAAAUAUUUUUUUAUUUCUCA